CCCUUAACCAGGAGCACAUCACAGCAAGAGCCUCCAGUCAAAACGAAGAAGGGAGCCAAAGCUGCAGCAAAAUCCAACAUCAGAGGAGAAUCAUUUUGACUUUUCUUUUAGUUUGUUUCUUUUGGUCUGAGUCCUUGCUGACUGCAAACUCUUAGUAAAUAUUUUCGUUAUAUUUUGCGCCAGCCUACAGUAGAUCUCACCAUGAGAUGCUGUACUUUACUUGUGUGUUUACUUUUGGGCAUAAGCACACAAAACGGAUGGAGCCUUCCCUUGAAGUCCGUCUUUGUCACCUUUCCAGGAGACAUUCCCAAAAACAUGACUGAUUCGGAGCUGGCAGAAAAUUACCUAAAGAACUUCGGCUACAUGAAUUCUGUGGAACGCAGUGGCUUCCAGUCUAUGGUGUCCACCGCCAAGGCUCUGAAGAGGAUGCAGAGGCAGCUGGGGCUGGAGGAGAGCGGGGUGCUGGAUAGAGAAACCCUGGAUGCUAUGAAAAAACCUCGCUGCGGAGUUCCUGAUGUGGCCAACUAUCAAACCUUUGCAGGAGACCUCAAGUGGGACCACAACGAUGUUACUUAUAGGAUCCUUAACUAUUCCCCAGACAUGGAUAGCGCUAUCAUUGACGAUGCUUUUGCCAGAGCGUUUAAGGUGUGGAGUGAUGUGACCCCUCUGACUUUUACCCGUCUCUAUGACGGCACGGCUGACAUCAUGAUAUCGUUUGGGAAAAAGGACCACGGAGACCCCUACCCAUUUGAUGGUAAGGAUGGCCUUCUAGCCCAUGCCUACCCCCCUGGUGAGGGUAUUCAGGGAGACGCCCACUUCGACGAUGAUGAGUUCUGGACCUUGGGGAAAGGAGCAGUUGUGAAGACUCACUUUGGAAAUGCGAAUGGCGCCACGUGCCACUUUCCCUUCAGUUUUGGGGGCAAAUCUUACUCCACCUGCACCACAGAGGGCCGCACAGACAAUCUGCCAUGGUGUUCCACCACAGCUGACUAUGACAAGGACAAGAAAUAUGGCUUCUGCCCAAGUGAACUUCUAUACACUUUUGAUGGAAAUGCUGAUGGAGCUCCAUGCGUUUUCCCUUUCACCUUUCUGGGGGAGGAGUAUGACAGCUGUACCACAGAGGGCCGCAGUGAUGGUUACCGCUGGUGUGCCACCACAGGCAACUUUGACCAGGAUAAGAAAUAUGGAUUCUGUCCCAGUCGUGAUAUAGCUGUAAUUGGUGGAAAUUCUGAGGGAGAUCCCUGCCACUUCCCCUUUGUGUUCCUGGGUAAGGAGUAUCACUCGUGCACAAGUGAGGGACGAGGAGAUGGCAAGCUGUGGUGCAGCACCACCGACAGCUAUGAUGAUGACCAGAAAUGGGGCUUCUGUCCUGACCAGGGUUAUAGUCUGUUCCUGGUGGCUGCCCACGAAUUUGGACAUGCUCUUGGCCUGGAUCACUCCAACAUUAGAGAAGCUCUCAUGUACCCCAUGUACAGCUAUGCUGAACACUUCUCCUUGCAUAGCGAUGACAUUAAUGGCAUUCAGUUUCUCUACGGAAGUGGAACUGGCCCUGUGCCCACCCCACCUAACCCCAACCCCCCUACCGCUGAGCCCACUGAUCCCACUGAUACCACCACCACCACUACUGCAGUACCUGUGGAUCCAACCAAAGAUGCCUGCGAGCAGGACACAUUUGACACCAUCACUGUGAUUCAAGGAGAACUACAUUUCUUCAAGGAUGGACAUUACUGGAAGAUGUCCGGGAGCAGCAAUGCAGGGCCCUUUUCUAUUUCUAACAAGUGGCCCGCUCUUCCAGCUGUCAUCGACUCUGCCUUUGAGGACAGUCUGACCAAGAAAUUGUACUUCUUCUCAGGGAACAGAUUCUGGGUUUACACAGGACAGAAUGUUCUGGGUCCCCGCAGCAUUGAGAAACUAGGCCUGCCCAACAACAUUCAGAAAGUGGAGGGAGCUCUGCAGAGGGGGAAAGGCAAAGUUCUGCUCUUCAGUGGGGAGAACUUCUGGAGGCUGGAUGUAAAGGCCCAGACAGUCGACAAGGGCUAUCCAAAGUUUACUGAUGUUGUCUUUGGUGGUAUCCCCAAUGAUGCUCAUGAUGUAUUCCAGUACCAAGGUCACACUUACUUCUGCCGGGAUCGCUUCUACUGGCGUAUGAAUUCCCGCAGGCAGGUGGACCGUGUUGGCUAUGUCAAAUAUGACCUGCUCAAGUGCUCAUCAGACACCCGCUACUGAAUACACACAUACUGAGCUGGGAAUUGUAAUGUGGUGGUACCCAUUUCUCUUCUCAUUCUGGCAGAAUGUGACACAGUGUUUUUGUGUAGCACCUGCUGUGCUGAUUUACGUGCUUUCUGGGAUGUGAAUAAUUGUCUUUCAGUCAUACUGGUUAUAAAACAUGUAGCGCCGGCCUAAAAAUGUGCCAAAGUCCCAGUACACUAGAGCAAAAUGCAAUGUUUGGCACUGCCUUCCCUCAUUCUGAUUGUCUGUGAACUGAUGGUUAUGGUGGCCUAUAACAGAAACUUAAUUAUUCUUAACAGCGCUCUGGCUCAGACCCCGGAGCUGCAAAAUAAUUACCAUGUCUGACAGGCUCAGACUAUUAACAGUAUUAGAUUAUUUUGAUAUUUAUAGCAAUAUCUAACAUUAAUAUUAUUUUUGUCUCAAACUUAUUUGUUUUGUACGAUUAUUGUGUGUGUUUUUCUGAAAAUGGCUUCAGAGCCAAUUACUUGCACUGGAAGACAAGGUAUGUCUCCUACACAUAAAUUAUUUAAGAGGUUUAAUACAUUUUGUAGGGAUGCACCAAAUAUUUUCUUUACUGAUACUGAUAUGAUCAAAAUUUGAAGUUUGCCAAUAGCCGAUGUUUUUGUUUUGAUUGUUUUGGUUUAUUAUUUAUUCACCCUUUGUGCAAAGAAAACAAAGAACUGCCAUUGUUAAAAAUAAUAGUUCAUUACUUUAUCUUUGAAUAUUAAUCUGUUUAACCAUCAAAAUUGAUGCGAUACAAGAGAUAUCAUGAACUAGUAUCAGUGAUUGCCAUCUUGUUUGUGAUAGGCCAGUGGAAGUCAAUGAGGCUGAUAUCAAUCGAUAUGAAUAUGUUGAUGUAUCCCUAAAUGUUUCUAUCAAAGUCUUGCCUAUCAAUGCAAUAAACUUUCUGU